AUGGCUCACAAGAUUCUCGCCACCUUCGCCGUUCUCCUGUUCGCCAUCGCGGCGGCGCAGGCGGCGUCCGUCGGUGCCUCGGAGGAGGCCUCCGCCCCCGCGGCGGACCCCGCGACGGACCCCACGGCGGAGUCCUCGGCGGACCCCGCAGCGGACCCCGCGGCAGGCCCCGCAGCAGACCCCGCAGCAGACCCCGCAGCAGACCCCGCGGCGGACCCCACGGCGGAGUCCUCGGCGGCCGUGGCGGCGCCCGCUCAGCAGGACGAGCAGGUGGACGCGUCGGCCAGCGCGCAGGCGGGCCUGGACGCGGCGCAGCAGGGCGUGCAGGUGGCGCAGCAGGCCGCGGAGGCCGGCCAGGCGCUGGCGCAGCUGGGCGCGCAGGCGGCCUUGGAGGGCGCGCAGCAGGGCGCGGAGGCCGCGCAGCAGGCCGCCCAGGUUGUGCAGGCGUUCGCCGGCACGGGGCUGCAGCUGGGGCUGGCGGCCGCGCAGCAAGGGCUGGAGGCCGCGCAGCAGGCGGCGGAGGUGGGCCAGCAGUUCGCGCAGGCGGGCGCGCAGGCCGCCCUGGUCGCGCAGGCGGGCGUGCAGGCCGGCCUGGACGCCGCGCAGCAGGGCGUGCAGGUGGCGCAGCAGGCCGCGCAGGUGGCGCAGCAAUUCGCGCAGGAGGGCGCGCAGGUCGGGCAGGAGAUCGCGCAGUCGGGCGUGCAGAUGGCGCAGCAGGGCGUGCAGAUCGCGCAGCAGGCCGCGCAGGCCGGCAUGGAGGUGGGCGCGCAGAUGGCGCAGCAGGCCGCGCAGCAGGGCGUCGAAGCCGCCCUCCAAGUGGCGCAGGCCGGGCAGCAGCUGGCGCAGGCGGGCGUGCAGGCCGGCAUGGAGGUGGUGAAGCAGGGCGUGCAGGCCGCGCAGCUCGGAGCGGAAAUGGCCCAGGCGGGCGUGCAGCAGGCCAUCGAGGUCGGCAGCCAGGUCGCGCAGGCGGGCGUGCAGGCCGGCGUGGGCGCUGUGCAGCAGGCCGCUGAGGUCGGGGGGCAGCUGGCGCAGGCGGGCGUGCAGGCCGCGCAGACGGGUAUCUCUGCCGGAGCGCAGGCGGCAGGAGCAGCAGCUCAGGGAGCUAUUAGUGCCGCCACCAACGCAGCCAAG